AUGGCCUGGCAGCCCGACGAGGGGCCUCUGCGCCAGCUCGCAGAGUGCCUGCGAGACUCGCUCAGCGGUCAAGACCCGACUGUCCAGAAGAAUGCCGAAACCCUUCUCAAGCAGGCCAAGGCCUCACCUGAUAUCGACAAAUACCUAGCAUAUGUCUUCUCCAACGGCCAGCCCCCGCCCGCGGUCAAUAUGGACGCCCCAGGCUACUUCAAAGCCCGGGCCGCCGCCGCCGUCAUGCUCAAGAACGACAUCAAGUCUGGCUACAAGAGCAUGCCCGAAGAUUCCAAGUCGUACAUAAAGUCCAUAAUAUUGAUGGGCCUGCAAGACCCAAACUCGCAGAUGCGCAGCUACGCAGGAAACGUCAUCACGGAGAUUGUACGCUCGGGCGGCCUCCUAGGAUGGUCGCAGGUGUUGUCCGAUCUCGUUGCUAUGAUCGCCAAUGCCACCGGCAAUGUCCCGCAGCAAGCACAGGAGGGUGGUAUGGGUGCCCUGCUCAAGAUUUGCGAAGACAACAAGAAGGCCCUGAACCACGAACAUGAUGGAGGGCAGCGCGCCUUGACAUUCGUCUUUCCAAAACUGCUCGAAUUCACCACCAGCCCGCUGCCCAAAGUGCGCGCCGAUGCACUUUCCGCUGCAAAUGUUUUCAUACCCGACAAGCCCCCCGCGGUUCAGGACAACAUGGACACAUUAUUACAGCAGCUCUUCAGCUUGUCUUCGGAUCCCAGCAAUGAAGUGCGGAAACACGUCUGCCGCUCGUUCGUGCACAUCGCCGACAUUGCGCCCCAGAAAAUCACACCUUAUAUGGAGGGACUCGUCGAGUACAUGGUGACGCAACAACGCAACCCGGACGAUUCGGAUCUGGCCUUGGACGCCGCAGAGUUCUGGCUGUGCGCGGCUGAAGAUGAGAAAAUGCGCGAGCACCUCGGUCCUUACCUCGCCAAAAUUGUGCCUGUGUUGCUAGAGAGCAUGGUUUAUGGCGAGGAUGACAUCUUGAGGCUGGAGGGUGAAAAAGAAGACGCUGAACUCGAAGAUCGCGACGAGGAUAUCAAGCCCGCCUUUGCCACCAGCAAGUCAGCUCGCCUGACAGGCGCGAACGGCAGCGACGCACCAAACGUCAACGGGACCCAAUCGAUACCAGGCAUGGAUGAUGAUGAUCUGAGCGACGGGGAGAUUGAUGAUUUUGACGACGAUGAUUCAGUCGGCGACCCAGAGGAGCAGUGGAACCUUAGAAAAUGCUCAGCUGCUGCCCUAGAUGUACUGGCAUCAGUAUUUCACGAGCCAGUGUUCCAGGCUACUCUUCCGUACCUUACAACCAACCUCAGCCACGCAGAAUGGCCACAGCGCGAAGCUGCUGUUCUAGCGCUUGGCGCCAUUGCCGACGGCUGCAUGUCGGUCGUCGAGCCUCAUCUACCCAUGCUUACCCCUUACAUGAUCACGCUCCUGUCGGACCCUGAGCCUGUUGUUCGCCAAAUCACUUGUUGGUCGCUCGGCCGCUACUCAGGCUGGGCCUCGCAUCUAGACGAGAACGGCAAGCAGCAGUUCUUUGUCCCCAUGAUGGACGGUAUAUUGCAGAGGAUGCUAGACGGCAACAAGCGAGUCCAGGAAGCCGCUGCCUCCGCGUUUGCCAACCUCGAGGAGAAGGCGAACAGCGAGCUGGCGCCGUACUGCCCCAUCAUCGUACGGCAGUUCGUUCAGUGUUUUGCUCAGUACAAGUACCGGAACAUGUUCAUUCUCUACGACUGCGUGCAGACUCUUGCUGAACACGUCGGCCCUGCCCUUGCACAAGACGAUCUUGUCAGCAUUCUUAUGCCUGCGCUCAUUCAACGAUGGAACAAGGUCUCCGAUCAAUCACGGGAGAUGUUCCCAUUGCUUGAGUGUCUCUCGUAUGUCGCCACCGCUCUCGGAGGAGCAUUCCAGCGAUACGCCGCUGGUAUCUUCUCCCGAUGCGUGAACAUCAUUCAGCGCAACCUCCAGGAGGCUCUGCUGGCCGCUACCAACCCUCAAUUGGAAGUGCCCGAUAAGGACUUCCUGGUGACGAGCUUGGACGUGGUCAGCGCGAUCAUCCAAGCGCUCGAUCCGUCUGCGAGUUCGGAGCUUGUCGCUCAUUCCGAGAACUUCUUCUACCUGCUCGGUCUGUGCAUGAAGGAUGACAACAACGAUGUACGACAGUCCGCAUAUGCACUCCUCGGAGACUGCGCGAUCUACGUCUUUGACCAGCUGCGCCCGCAGCUGCCGGAACUUCUCGAGGUCUUGAUCGGGCAGCUGGAGCUUUCGCAGGUCAUGAUCGAUGGUGAGGAGACAGGAUUUUCCGUCAUCAACAACGCCUGCUGGUCAGUUGGAGAGAUUGCAAUGCGGGAUAAGGAAGGAAUGCAACGAUACAUCGACCGACUGCUCCAAAAGAUCGCGACCAUCCUUUUCACACCCAAUGUUCCGGACUCAUUGAACGAGAACGCCGCCAUCGCCCUUGGACGCCUCGGGCUGGGCUGUUCGCAGUUUCUGGCACCCCAUCUCGCCCAGAUUGCUCCCCCCUUCAUCCGCGCCAUCGAAAACGUAAUGUGGACCGACGAGAAGGGCCACGCCCUGACGGGCUUCAUGCAGAUCGUCCUUGAGAACCCCGGCGCCAUGGAGCAAUCUCUCCUCCAGUUUUUCAACGAAAUGUCCAAGGCCGAGCGGAGUCUGUUCAACGGCCCGACGCCCGGCCACACGGCGCUGUGGGACACGUUUCAGAAGGUCAUCGAGACGUACAAGGCCAUGAUACCAGACUUCGAUGCCUUUCUGGCAGGGCUUCCGGGCCAGCAUCGCCAGAAGUUCAGGGACCUGUAUGGAGUCUGA